CAGUUUUUUGGUGAGAGUGGAUGGAGCAGCAUUGGGGCUUUCACAAUCAUGGAGUGAAGGGAAUUCGGAGGAGAUAGCUACCACAGAUGGCCCGAUGGAAACCACCCCGGAUGCCACAAACAUAACGGGGCCACUAUCCACCAGUAUCUACACCGUAAACCUAGCCGCAGAGUUGACCGAUCCCUCGGUAUACGUCAAGGAACUGCCUCCUCCGAAAUAUCAGCCCGAGAUCAACAUUACUACAAGCAUAACACUUCAUCACAUCGAAUCAAUCUCUGCUCAAUCAUCCGAUUUCUCGGUGUACCUCAUGCUUCGACACGUGUGGCAAGACAAGAGACUGAAUUUCGAGAAUAAAAACACGUGGUACCUCGAGGACGAAUAUCUAUCAGGGAGCGAAUGGCUCUACAACCUCAUCUGGUCCCCGACUCUCUUUUUCGUGAAUGAAAAAGAUUCGAAUGUCUUCCAACUCAGCAAGAGGAACGUCUUCGUCGCCAUCUCCAAGAAUGGCACGGUCACCCUAACCUACAGGCGAGUUAGAUCCUGCUUUACAAGUGUUUUGCGGUUCAAAGAGGUUACUGCGAGAUGGGUGUCAAGAGAACUGAUAUUCGACCAGAAGGUUAACCGAGUGACCGCCGCGUCGGACCGUCUCAACCGCUACGACGAAGAGAAGGGCAACGUCCUCAGCAGCAUUUUGACGAGGGAUGAAACAGCGAAGGUGAGGUUUUUCUGCUUGAUGGACCUGAAGAGAUUCCCGUUCGAUGAACAGACUUGCAACAUGACAAUCGCAUCGUGGGACAUUCCCAUUCCCAAGGGGAGGCUACAAUGGGAGAAUCCCGUGGAUUGCAUCGCCCGAGAGGAGGAUUUGAUUGCUUCCGAACAAACCUUCCACAGCCACGAAUGCUUUGAGGAAGAGUUCCGGGACUUCCAUGGCAUCACUGGAAAACGAUUUAGUGCCAUCACAGUGAGAUUCAGGAUCAAGAGGGACCCUGGACAUUACAUCCUGGAUUAUUAUGUACCCUCCAUCUUCCUGGUCGUCGUGUCAUGGGUCUCCUUCUGGUUGGAUCCCAAUGCUUCUCCUGCCCGCGUCGCUCUCGGAACGAGCACGAUGCUGACCUUCAUCACCCUGUCAAGGAAUAUAGGCGACGAACUGCCUAAACUGUCAUAUUUGAGGGCCGUGGAAAUCUGGUUCUUUGUCUGCAUCGCCUUCAUCUUUCUUACCCUCGUCGAAUUCGCUUUUGCCAACAUUAUCUCUCGCAGACGUUGUGUCCAACACUUGCCCAAAUGUGUGUUGGUCCACAUGCCCUACGAAGAAGUUUGGUCCAACAACCAUGUCACCAAGCAGACCACACCACACCAUCACCUACUCUGCACCAAGUUCGUUCGAUUUGCGCAUCCAAGCUGGCACGGCCGGGACGUGGACACGAAUCAGCUGUCGGUGAACAGCUUCGACAAAGUGUAUUUCACCGUAACCCCAUCAAGCAACACGGAGACGUUGAACAUGCCAGAUGAUGAUUGCAAAGAUAUUAAAAUCUCAGUGCCGAUCACUUCAAUUGGUGGCGAUGAGUCUGCCUCUUCCAAACACAGGCAGAGAAAG